UGCUGCUCUAUAUGAAAAGUGUGGCGGCAGGUGAUCAUCUGGUAGCAGGCAGAGCGCAAACCAAUCCAGACCGACAGAGAUGGACCUGCAGGGGGAGACAAAGAUGUUUGAAAUCAACAGUCUGGAUAACUUCUCUUCUUCAAGCUCUCCUUUGGAUGAAGAAUUCCUGGCUUUCUCCAGUGGCGCACACAAAACAGGAUUCUCCUUGCUACGUUAUAAAACUGAACUGUGCAAUAGUUAUUCAGAAAAUGGAUUCUGUGCCUACCAAAACCGUUGCCAAUUUGCCCAUGGCCUAAGUGACCUCCGCCCACCAUUCCAGCAUCCAAAAUACAAGACUGAACUGUGCCGUUCAUUCCACCUCCUUGGAGUCUGCAGCUAUGGCCCACGCUGCCUGUUUAUCCAUAGCCACAGUGAGCGGAGGGAAGUGCCCGAAACCAUUCGCCUUCGCCAACGGCGCCUGUCUCCCUUCCACAGCAAGAAAGUAUGUCGCCUUUGGCAUUCGCUCACAGGCUGCCCUUAUGGGUCUAGGUGCCUCUUUCAGCACCCUCGGCAGAUGCAGGAUGCUUGUCGGCACUACGCUGCACUGGGCGUUUGUCCUUAUGGUGUUCACUGUCUCUUUAAGCACUCGCCACCUCUAGACCGCUGGGGAACGGGAACCGAUGCAGGAAGUGGAUCCCUUUCACCCUCCGAAUCGGACAGUGACACCUGCAACGACCUUUUCAGGGACUCCACUGCUAAUAAUGCUUUUAAGUUUUCCACCCUCCUUUUACCGCUUGCACUACGUCUGCAGAUCCUGGGAGAAGAGGACAACAAAUCUGUAAUGCAGCAGAUUGUCGCAGAUGAGAAAACGCAGGAUCUGCAUACUCUACUUGACUGCUAAAUCUUUUAUUUUAGCACUUUAAGAUGUCAAACUUUCUAUGAUGGUUUGCUUUUUAACUUUAUUUUGCUCUUAUGUACAUAAAUGUUUAAGUUAUUCCUUUAUCAACGAUAUUAAUAUUGCUAAUGGACCUAGAUUCUCCGUUUUUAUAUUUGACAAGAUGUGCUUUAUCACUAAUUAAAACUAUGAUUUUUCUUAAAA